GCCUAUCGCCUUUGUGCCUUUUCAAACUCCAGUGGCACCCUUGCGCCACACAGCGCUGGCAGCGCUAGACCCGUCCAGAGACGUCGUCGCGAGCGUGCUUGACCAAGUUGGCCACUUGGACUCAGACGAUCUGGAGCGCUUGGUUGAGGAGUUGCUGCCAACACUUUUGGCCAAAAAGCGGGUGUUACGAGAUCGGCUUCGCCCGAAGCGCAUCAUUCUUGUGCGACACGGUGAGAGCGAGGGCAACAAGGACCGCUCUGCUUAUUCGCAGACUCCAGAUUCUCAGAUUCAGUUGACAAGGCUUGGCAAACUGCAGGGUGAGGCUGCGGGAACGCAAAUACGCAAGCUGGUCGGCGAAUCCAGCGUUCGAUUUUUUUAUUCGCCCUACAUGCGAACUCGUCAGACUUUGCACUGUAUUCUCAAAGCCUUCGAGGGCCAG